AUGAUCGUGGCUUUUGAGGUUUGUAAUAACUUUUUUGGGGACUUUCCAAAAAAAAUCAUAAGUUUAGUUGCGUCAUAGAAUCAAUCUCACGACGCAGAAGAACUGGAUCUUUUUGAUUUGCAAGGGUUUUCGUUGAUCUUUAUAUAGAUUUCUCUGGUUUCGGUUUCUGACUUUGUUUAGAUCUACAAUCUUAAGAAAAAUGAAGAUUUGAAAAAAAAACAGCUUAUUUCAACGGUCCAUGGAUAAUCAAACUUGAAGAUCAGUGCUUCAAAAAAUUUAGCUUUUUUUGGGAUGACACUUUUAACCGCAGCGCGACCGCCACGGGUCAAGCCAUUCCCAAUGCGACCAAGUUUGAGAAGAGCUCAAAAAUGAGAUAAAGGAGAUUUUUUAGGCAAUUUUGAAAAAGUGGAAAAAUAUUACGGCAAAAUUGGAAUAAGAGUUUUCAAAGCCACAAUUGGAAAAAUGGAUAAAACUUUCAUAUUAUGUUCUUUAGAUAAUCUUGAUUGUAUAACAAGGAAAAAAUCAAUUUUAUCCAUUUUAGUAGAUCAAAAAAAUGCCUUAAAAAUUUGAUCUACGUGGAAUAAAUUAUGUUUUUUUCUCAAAAACUCUCCAGAGAAACUAUCAGUCUCGCCUUUUUCGCAUCUCGCUUUAGGUCGGGUGUGGCGAUAAUAAGAGAACUCAAGAUUUUCGCGAGAAAAACUGUGGAAAAUGGACCAGAUGCUCCGAAGUUUUUGCAGACGAUGGACAACCACUACACUCCGGCCUACCCAGAAGUCUCGCUGUACGCCAAGCCGGCGACGUCGGCCUUCACUUUGACCGAACUCGGCUCCGUCUUCUUUGUUCAUUUCUGCAUUUGCAUCGUCGCGUCUGGUGUCAUGUUCGUCGAGCUUUUCAUUGGUGCUUAUAAGAAACUUAGUAGUGAAAAUGGAAACUCGGCGGUUUGA